AAGAAGUUACAGAUAAACUUCAUAACGCUAAGUACUGGAAAAGGCCACUCUCAGAGUGGAACUUAAAUACUUAUGAGCAGUUUUACGCCGAACAACAUCCAAAGGAGUCGAAAGAAUCAUUCUGUCGUGUUCUUGGAAAAGAGAUAGAAGUGCUGAAAAAACACUUGAAGCGAAAUUCAAAAGAAGGUCUAAAGUUAUCAGAUUUAAAAAGUCAAUUAAAGGGUAGUAUCUUUAUACGUUUUCAGGAAUGUGGAGAUAUUGACGAGAAUAGCAAAGAUGUGCUACGCUCUGUGUUUACGUACACAGAGAAGAGCGACCCUGUCACAUUAGGAUCCCGAAAAAAAGGCACAAGAAAAGAAAACGUUCCGCCAAAAAGAAGUAAUGUCGUUAUUGAAGAGGCAGAAGGAGAGAGGGCAUCAAAAAGAAAAUGA